CCGCCGCCGCCGCCAGCGCCCCUCGCAGAACCCAGCAGCCGCAUGGAGCCCCCGGAGAGCGCCGACCCGGGAGAGACCGUUAAGCAUGUCGAGGUGCCCCAAGCUGCCCUGGAUGUCACAGCCUAUGGGAUGGGAGACGGCUGCCACACACCAGUGACAGAGGACGAGGGAGGGCCUACAGUCCCAGCCCCAGGGUUCCUGCAGGUCACAGAGAGAAGGCAGCCCCUGAGCAGUGUCUCCUCUCUGGAGGUCCACUUUGACCUCCUGGACCUCACCGAGCUGACUGACAUGUCUGACCAGGAGCUGGCCGAGGUGUUUGCCGAUUCCGAUGAUGAGAAUCUUACCAGUGACUCCCCGGCAGGUCUACACCCACUGCCCCGUGCCAGCUGCCUGCGCUCACCAUCCUGGACGAGGGCGAGGGCUGAGCAGAACCGUGAGAAACAGCCCCUCGGCGAUCCGGAACGAAAGGCAGCCAUUGCGGACACAUUUCUCACCAUAGAGAGGCCGAAGGAGGACUAG